AUGGGUUUCUUCGCAGCGCUUUCAGAGCUUCUCCCCAAGUCCCUUUUGCUUGCAAUUCUUUCCGCAUCGUUUUUUGUGGUCGGUGCCUACUUCAUUUUUAACUAUGUGUCCCGCAACUUGUCCCGUCGCCGGCUUAGCGCUCGGCACGGUUGCCAACCGAUCCUCGCUGUGUACCCAUCACGCUGGCUGGGUGUAAACUUCAUUUUUGACACUCUUAAAAACUACAAGGAGCGCAAUUAUCUCUUUUCAUUAUGUCGGCAGUUUGAGGUGGUUGGCUGGACCCAUGAGGUCCGGAUGCUCGGUGGUGCCAGCAUCUGGACCAUCGACCCUGAGAAUCUCAAGGCGGUGCUUUCCAACAACUUCAAGGAUUACAACCUUGGUCACCGUCUCGAUGUUAUGAAGGAUUUACUCGGGAGAGGAGCCUUUGUCACCGAUGGCGAAGAGUGGCAGCACUCGAGGGCCCUCUUGAGACCCAGCUUCAACCGCGAGCAGGUCGCCAAUCUAGACAUGAUCGAGGAGCAUGUCUCCCACCUUCUACACCUCAUUCCCUCAGGUGGAGAGACGGUCGACCUUCAGGAACUAUUUUACAGAUUCACCAUGGACUCAUCCACCGAGUUCCUUUUCGGUGAAUCUACUGGGACACUGCUUGAAGCCGAGAAUGGAAGUGGCAGUGAAUUUGCCCGAUCUUUCAAAUACGCCCUCCAUCGUGUUUCUGAGGGUAUGCGCCUCGGUCCAGUGCACAGGUUUCGCAAGACAGACCACAAGGCCGAAGAUGCCAAUCGCUUCUGCCGCAACUACGUCAGGAAGUACGUUGACCAAGCCCUGGCGUACCGUAAGAAGCUCGCCAACCAGGAUGAUCUCAGUGGAAGCGAGCGGAAGACCUUUCUGAUGGGCCUGGCCAUGGCAACUGAUGACCGAGAGAAGAUGUGCGAUGAACUCAUCAGUCUCCUGCUCGCCGGACGUGACACCACUGCUAGCUUGAUCGGUAGUGUAAUAUUCUGUCUCUCGCGAAAUGCAUCUCAGUGGAAAAGGGUGAGAAAUGAAGUUCAGAGCACAUUUGGCGACAGGCUUCCUACCUACGAAGAAUUACGAAGCCUGCAGUACGUAAAGCACUGUAUCAAUGAAGCCCUCCGUCUAUUUCCUCCGGUGCCAAACAACGCCAAGAUGGCCACGGAAGUCACCGUUCUUCCCCGUGGAGGCGGCCCUGAUGGCAAAGCGCCGGUGCUCGUCCCUAAGGGAUGCAUGAUCCUCUACACCGUCUUCGCACUUCAUAGACGCAAGGACCUCUGGGGAGAUGACGCUGGUGAAUUUCGGCCAGAGAGAUGGGAGAAGGGUAGGAAGUUUGCCUGGGACUUCUUGCCCUUCAAUGCAGGUCCCCGUAUCUGCCUCGGUCAGCAGUAUGCUCUGACAGAGGCAAUGUACGUUCUGGUCAGGAUGGCGCAAGAGUUUGAGACAAUUGAGUCUCGAGACGAGGAGCCUUGGGUCGAAUCUCUCGAGUUGACUGUUAGCUCAGGCAAUGGGGUCAAGGUGGCUGUUCAACGAGCCAAGACAGGAUCCACAUAG